ACUCUCUCAACACUUAAGAACAGAGAAUCGGCUUAAACCCAUUCGACUCCAACCAACCACACCGAUCAGCAAUGGGUUCGACAACAGCCCCAUGGAAACAACUUCUUCUCAACGCACUUCAGUCCAAUUCCCACCUCAGACACUCUUCCUAUUUCCAACUCGCAACAAUUGGACCCAAUGGCAUGCCCGCUAAUCGCACCGUUGUUUUCCGGGGAUUUCAAGAUAAUGCUAAUAAAAUACAAAUUAAUACAGACUGCAGAAGUCACAAGAUUGAGGAUCUUAAGCAUUGGCCAUUUGCUGAAAUUUGUUGGUAUUUUACGGAUUCGUGGGAGCAGUUUCGGAUAAAUGGUGCGGUUGAUGUUAUUGAUGGAUCAAACCCCGAUUCCAUGAAACUUCAGCAAAGAGAGAAAGCUUGGUUUGCUAGCUCACCAAAGUCCAGGCUCCAGUAUCUCGGACCGAACCCUGGGCUUCCCUCUCUGGGUGACCAACCGGACCAGGGUCCAAGCUCAUUGGACCCUUCGGCUGGUCCUGCUGCAGCUUUUUGCUUGCUGGUUCUUGAUCCCGAUCAGGUUGAUUACUUGAAUUUGAAGAGUAAUGAGAGGAUAAGCUUCUCGAAGAAGAUUGCUAAUGAAGAGACUUCUUGGAAUUCAGAAAAAGUCAACCCAUGAUCGUUUCACGUUGUAUUUAGGGCCUGGAUGACCGUUGAUGGUAUAAGCGUCUGCUAUAGGAGCGGCUGUACCGCUAGCCAUAACAGUUUUUUCAAGCUGCACAAGAUCUUGCUGCCAAUACUCUCCUACAAGAAUAGAACAAAAACUAAUUAUACUUUAAUACUUUUUUAUAAAUCUUAUAACAUUUGCUUGAAAUGGAAAUUAACUGACCUAAGAUUACAAUAUGCUCUUCAUAAGGUUGUUUAAAAGGAUAGGGAACGCCUUUUUUCGGGUAGACGAUAAGUGCACCAUAAACAGUAGCUCUAAGCCAUGAAAAAUGGGCAUGCCAGAAUAGUGUCCCUUUUUGUCCCGCUAAAGUAAAAUUGUACGUGAAACUUUGACCGGGUUGAACCGGGCACUGAGUAAUGUAAGAAGGACCGUCUGACCAGCAUGACAAUAUCUGUCUAACACCAUGCCUAAUAAUUUUAUAAAAAUACAUUCGUUAGAAAAA